UUAGCUUUUCUUGUUGCUGGUUGUCUUUUAAACAAAUCCGUAGGGAAAAGAGGGAAUUCUCGCUUGGUUCUGUCCUUGUGGUUGAGGUCUGUGAGACCUGGCAUUAGAGCUCCUGUACCACACAGUCUCGGCCUGAGGCGCUGGACCGUCUCCCCCCGGCCCCGAGCUCCUGUGCCUGCCAGCGCAGCGGAAAGCAGCGGCAGCAUCAGCCCGGCCCCGCUGCCCUGCCCCCGCCAACCUGCUAUUCCCGUACUCGAUUGGAAGAAGCUAAAACCGCUGUAUUUCUGCCUUCCGUCAGGGCAUUCCUCAAGUUCCUAAUCCAGGCUCCAGAUGAUUAAGGCACUCAUCUUAACGUAUAGGGACAAAUAAUUAUGGUGAAGGAUUAAAAAAGCCGCACCAAGCCCGAAUCGUGAGCCUCCCCGGGAUGCAGAAGUUAGGUUUCAAAAGCCCCGGUAACCCCGCCCGUCUUUGCCGCCUGCCCGCACUUGCUCAGCACGACCAAGGGCGCGCGGAACCAGCUGGCCGGCACCUGGAAACGGGACCGGGGUGGGGGGGGGAGGGGGCAAGGGGCCCGGGCAGGGGCUGCGACCUCCGCGCUCCUCUCGUCCGCAGGGGCCGACCGGGGCCGGGCGCGGGGCUCCCCCUACCUCUCCUCGCCGCCGCCCUGCACGCGUCCUCCGCCGCGCUCUGCGCUCCUGGGCUCUGCCUCCGAAAGCCCCCGGGGCCGCUUAGCUCCCCCCGGUCCCUCCGCGGGGGCCUUGCCCGGGGCUGGGGACAGCGCCCGACCGCGGGGGCGGGAGGAGGCGAGCCGGUCAAGUCGGCGCGGGGAGGGGUCACCUGCCCCGUCUGGAGCCGGCCGCCGGGAUGCCGCCUGCCCGCGCUAAUUGGAUGUUCCCUGGAUGGAGGAUUUCCUCCCCUCCCGGCUGCGGGAGUCAUGAAGUUUGAUCCUGACAACACCGGCUACAUCAGCACAGAGAAGUUUCGUUCCCUUCUCCAGAGACACGGCUCAGAGCUGGACCCCCACAAGCUGGAGGUCCUCUUGGCCCUGGCAGACAGCAACUCAGAGGGGAGGAUCUGCUACCAGGACUUCGUCAACCUGAUGAGCAACAAAAGGUCAAAUAGUUUCCGCCAAGCCAUCCUUCAGGGCAACAGGAGGCUGUGCAGCAAGGCGCUGCUGGAGGAAACAGGGCUGAGCCUGUCACAGAGGCUGAUCCGACACGUUGCAUAUGAGACCCUGCCACGAGAGAUAGACCGCAAGUGGUACUAUGACAGCUAUACCUGCUGCCCUCCACCCUGGUUCAUGAUUACCAUCACCAUCGUAGAGGUUGCCUUUUUUCUUUACAAUGGAGUGGUGCUAGACAGAUUUGUGCUGCAAGUCACCCAUCCCUUAUACCUGAAAAAUGCAUUACUUUACCAUCCUCAACUCCGUGCUCAGGCUUGGAGGUACCUAACCUACAUAUUCAUGCAUGCAGGGAUAGAACACCUUGGACUCAAUGUUGUCCUUCAGCUCUUGGUUGGGGUUCCCCUGGAAAUGGUGCACGGGGCUGCGAGGAUCAGCUUUGUGUACGUUGCUGGAGUUGUGGCAGGGUCCCUGGCAGUGUCAGUAGCUGAUAUGACUGCACCUGUGGUAGGCUCCUCCGGAGGCGUGUACGCGCUUGUCUCAGCUCACUUGGCCAAUAUAGUCAUGAACUGGUCAGGAAUGAAGUGCCAAUUCAAACUGCUGCGCAUGGCUGUUGCCUUGAUCUGUAUGAGUUUUGAAUUUGGAAGAGCUGUGUGGCUGCGAUUCCACCCCUCCGCCUACCCUCCAUGCCCACACCCCAGCUUCAUGGCUCACCUGGGAGGGGUGAUGGUUGGAAUCACCCUCGGUGUCAUUAUCUUGAGGAACUAUGAGCAAAGACUCCAAGAUCAGACUUUAUGGUGGAUCUUCCUUUCUAUUUAUCUAAUCUUUGUGUUGUUUGCCAUCUUCUGGAACAUUUUUGCCUACAGCCUGUUGGAUUUGAAGCUACCUCCCCCUCCUUGAAUGCACAGGACAGGAAACUCUGGAGAGCAGAAGUAGUCUGCCGGCUACAUUAUACGAGUCAAGAUGGAGGAUCUAUUUUUAUAUUUAACUUAGGGGAGGAUGAUUAUUUUCAACACAAUUGUGUGGAAGAAGAUGCUUAAAGAUCUCAUAAGUGAAUGGACUGAUCAGUUUGUUCUUAAAUCUAGCAGGUACUGUAAUGCUGGCUGGCCAGGACCCUGCAGUUUCUCCACUGCUAGGGCUUCCAUUGGGCACCUUGAACCUGGGCAUUUAUCACAUGGUUUGUUAGCACACAUCAAUAUUCUGUACGGGAUAUUUGCAUUUUCCUGGUCAGUGUUGGAAUUACAGCCAGUUGUUGAAUGAAUCUCCUCAAUAUUACUAAAUGCAAGAAGAGAAAAAGAGCAGUCAGUUACUAACUAGAGACUUGCAUGAUACUCACAAGGCAGAUUGGGUUUGGUUUCUACAGAUACAUCCAACUGUUCAGCCAUACCAGUGCCACUGUCUGAUUACUUGAAUGGUUCCUUAAAUUUUUAAGCCUUUGGUGGAACUUGUCUUAUGCACCUUUCAAAGGGAUUGGCAGAACUUUAUCACCCAAAGUGAUGGAGACUGGUCUUUCAACUACAGGUCAAAUGAAAUUGCACUAUAAACCUUGGAAACUCUUUAGAGUGAUGUGGUCACCCAGCUAGAGGUGAAUUUACCGUGCAUGUUUUACUUGAUUUUUACUUUUUUUCCCCAGCCUGUUUUGGCAACAGCUUGUGGCUGGGGUUUCUUUUUGAGAGAUGUAGAAAAAGAAGGCAAAUGUUCAGUUUUGAUUUUGUCAGUUGACAGUGGGGUUUUCUUCUCACUUUGUUUGGGGCUAUGUUGAUUUAACGCCUGGCCCCCAGUGAGGUCCAAGCAAGGAUCUCAACUUCCAGCAGGCUCUAUCUUUAAAGCCAUCCAUUCUGUUUGAAGCCAGAUUUGUCCACUAAAGUUAGUGGAGUUAAAUCGGUGUAUGUCGCACUGGUUUCUUACUGAAGUGGAAGGAGUGUUACAGAGACCACUGUGAAGUUGAUAACACUGGUUUUCAAAUGGCUGCUAAAAUUUGAGGAUGGCAAGUUUCUGAGUUAGUGGAAGUUCGGGAAAGCAACAGUCAGUUGCAAUGAUGCCUUUUCGCUUAGCAUAGGUCAAGCCCAGAUUUUAGUAAUCUGGUUUGAAACACAAUCCAUACAGCAGCACGAUGCGUGCUGCCUGCAUGGACCCGGGGACCAGACCAGAAUGUCUGCACAGUGCGUGCCUCUGCAAGGUGCAUAUUCUGUUUUGCUUCUUGCUUUGGAGAGCUGCCAAACAAUAGUUGAGGAAUGUGGAUGCCUUCCUUUUCUCUCCCCUUUGCCCACCUCGCUUGGUAGCCUGGAUAAAGCAGGAAUGGGAGUCUUUCUAGACUGGCUCCUUUUUUCUUUUUCCUUUGCAGCUUGGUGCCCAAGCACGAGCCAGGAGAGCCCUCCAUGGCACAUCUCUUGGGCAGUGUAGCAGCUGGGUUUUCUAGAGGGGACGUUCACAAGAACUCAUCCACUGUUGUUCCCUUAUUUGCCUUUAUAGGAGAAAUCUCUCCAGAAGGUGGAAGUUCUGCUCCCACAGUAUCUGCUAGUGAAAAUCCUGUUGCCUCAGGGAAAGAGAAGGGAGAGAAGGAAAAGUGUCUCUACAGAUGGGAAUAAGCUUUAUCUGCAAAAGAACCAAGUUUUGCCACAUUUGUGCACGGAAAUGGAAUCUGUGAGGGCACCUUUUCUGCAUGGCUGGCAUGUUGUUCGUGGGCCCUCAAGUCAAGGGGCAAGGGUCAGAGCUCUGUUCAGUCUGGAGAAAUGGGCUCAUUCCCUGUGCUGUUUCAUCUCUGCGGACUGGGUCCAGGUCAGUGCAGUCAUGAGACUUUCCGUGCAUUGCUUCAGGUCAGGAGCUGGCCAGGGUGUUCCAUGCUGGUGGAGAUUGUCUCCCUGGGGAGCCAUAGGCAAGCAGGAGGGGGGGAGCUAGAAUGCAGAGAAAAGCAUGGCUAAUGCCAUUCUUGCUUCACCUAUUGUGAAGCCUUUCUGAUUACAGAUGCCUUUAAACCAGAGGCGAGCAGGAAAUGGGAAUUCCCCUGGAAGUUUUCAUAAAACUUUGAAGAUCUAGGUAGAAAGCAUCAAUCGCAACAAAGCUCAGAUUAUUUUGCCUAUAAUUUAUCAGAGUACAGUAUGAACUGACCAACUUUUAGCUUUGGUUUCUCAGCCAAAAUCUACUUCGUGUCCAUCAGUUUCUUCCCAGGAAAGCUUUCUGUGCCUGCCAGUGAUGUACUCUGUGGCAAAGCAGCAAGCUACAAGUUCAAGGGCCCAAGUUUCUUUAUCAUUUUCACUGGCCCUGCCCAAAAUACCUUUGCUUCUGCUCAGGAGCAGGAGGGAGCUGCACAGAGUAGCCCAGGUGUCCUUCUUUGGUCCUUCAUCCAUAAAUUAACAUAGUGAACAUGAAGUAAUUUAAAAAAAAACAAAAAAC